AACUCCAGAGCGGCGCGUGGCCGUCGCCUCUCGGCCGGGCCAUGGACUGGCGGGAGGAGGGCGCAGGGCCCAGCGGCUGCUCGCGCCCCUAGCCGCCCGUUCCGUCGCCAUCCAGCCGCGCUCCGGCCAGCCAGGGGCCUGGCGGCCGUGUCUUCUUCGCCCAGACGGCGCCGGGGAGCAGAGGAUCUGCGCUCCGGUCUCCAGGAUGUGCUCGUCUGAGAUGGGGACGCUGUGGCACCACUGGUCCCCUGUGCUCAUCAGCCUGGCCGCCCUGUUCUCCAAAGUGACGGAAAGCCGAGGGAUCCUGGAGAGCAUCCAGAGGUUUUCUCUGCUGCCCACCUACCUCCCGGUGACGUACCACAUCAACAAUGCAGACGUGUCCUUCUUCCUGAAGGAAGCCAACCAGGAUAUCAUGAGAAACUCCAGCCUGCAGUCCCGUGUGGAGUCCUUUCUGAUUUACAAAUCCAAGCGGCUCCCGGUCCUGAAUGCCAGCUACGGGCCUUUCUCCAUCGAGCAGGUGGUGCCCCAGGACUUAAUGCUGCCCUCCAACCCGCUGGGAUUCACCAACAAGUUUUCUCUUAACUGGAAGCUGAAGGCCUCCAUCCUGCGGGACAAGAUCUACCUGAGCCGGCCCAAGGUGCAGGUGCUGUUCCACGUCGUGGGCAGAGACUGGGACGACCACAGCCCCGCGGAGAGGCUGCCCUGCCUGCGCGUGUUCGCUUUCCGGGAGACCCGGGAGGUGAGAGGCAGCUGCCGGCUGCAGGGGGACCUGGGGCUGUGUGUGGCCGAGCUGGAGCUGCUGGCCGGCUGGUUCAGCCCCCCCACGGUGGUGGCUGGGAGGAAGAAGUCGGGGGACCGGCCCGAGGGGAGCCCCGUGGAGCUCUACUACACCGUGCAGCCGGGCGACGAGCGAGGAGACUGUGUCAAGGAGGAUUCCAGGACAGGCGCUGGGGUUCGGACAGGCCACAACGACCUUGAUGAGUCGGGGCCUCCCUUGCAGAGGAUUGGGAGCGUUUUUCUGUACGAGACCCACAGCCGGCCUCCCCUGGGAGAGCUGCGUCUGGAUAACAACGUGGCCAUCCGUUACGUGCCAAAGGCUGUGCGACAAGGAGAGGUGCUGACUUUUCCUGUUGCUGUCUCCAAAAACUGCACUGAGGACCGCUUCACACUGAGGGCCAAGGUGAAGAAAGGCGUGAGCAUCGUUGGCGUGAGAGCCAGCAGCCCUUCCAUUUGGGACGUCAAGGAGAGCGUGGAUUAUACUGGGAAGUAUGCACCAGCUGUCAUCGUUUGUCAGAAGAAAUCAACUGGCCCAGAAAACAGUGUGGAUGGCGCCUCCUAUGAAGUCAUGCAGAUCGACGUAGAAAUUGAAGAACCCAGUGACCCACCUGCCACACAGCUUGUCACAUGGCAGGUUGAAUAUCCAGGAGACAUCACAUCUGACUUGGGUGUAUCCAAGAUCUACGUGAGCCAAAAGGACUUGAUCGGCAUCAUCCCACUGGCCAUGGAGGCGGAAAUCCUGAACACAGCCAUCCUCACGGGGAAGACGGUGGCCGUUCCGGUGAAGGUGGUCUCUGUGGAGGAGGACGGCACCGUGACGGAUCUGCUGAAGUCUGUGGAAUGCAGAUCGUCUGAUGAAGACGUAAUUAAGGUUUCUGACAGGUGUGACUACGUCUUCGUCAACGGGAAAGAAAUGAAGGGCAAGGUGAACGUGGUGGUGAACUUCACCUACCAGCACCUGCACAGUCCUCUGGAGAUGACGGUGUGGGUCCCCCGGCUCCCGCUGCAGAUCGAGGUCUCCGACACCGAGCUCAAUCAGAUCAAGGGCUGGAGAGUGCCCAUCGUCUCCAACAAAAGGCCAGCUCGGGACAGCGAGGAAGAGGAUGAAGACGAGAGGAGGGGCCGAGGCUGCACGCUCCAAUACCAGCACGCCAUGGUGCGGGUCUUAACACAGUUUGUGGCCGAGGCAGCUGGCCCUGGGGGGCACCUGGCCCACCUGUUGGGCUCAGACUGGCAGGUGGACAUCACAGAGCUGGUGAAUGACUUCAUGCAGGUGGAGGAGCCCCGGAUCGCCAAGCUGCAAGGGGGACAAGUCCUGAUUGGCCAAGAGCUUGGAAUGACCACCAUUCAGAUCCUGUCGCCUCUGUCGGACGCCAUCUUGGCUGAAAAGACCAUCACCGUGCUAGAUGAGAAGGUAACAAUCACAGACCUCGGGGUCCAGUUGGUGACAGGGCUGUCACUCUCCUUGCAGCUCAGCCCAGGGAGCAACAGAGCCAUCUUCGCCACAGCGGUGGCUCAGGAACUUCUGCAAAGGCCCAAACAGGAAGCGGCCAUCAGUUGCUGGAUCCAGUUCAGUGAUGGCUCCGUCACUCCCUUGGAUAUUUACGAUGGGAAAGACUUCUCCCUGAUGGCCACAUCCCUGGACGAGAAGGUGGUCUCCAUCCACCAUAAUCCCAAAUUCAAGUGGCCUAUAAUCGCUGCUGAAACCGAAGGACAGGGUGCUCUGGUAAGGAUCGAAAUGGUUAUUAGUGAAUCAUGCCAGAAAUCCAAGCGGAAGAGCGUGCUGGCUGUGGGAACAGCCAAUAUCAGAGUCAAAUUUGGUCAAAAUGAUGCUAGCCCCAACACCAGCGACAGCAGACACAUGGGAACAGGAGUUCACCUGGAAAAUAACGUCAGUGACAGAAGACCCAAAAGACCCAUGCAAGAAUGGGGGAGUCAAGAGGGACAGCACUACAGCAGUUCCUCCGUGGGCCUCAUGGAAGGAAGAGGCUCCACCACAGAGAGGUCAACCUUCCAGAAGAACAAAGGCCAGGAAAGCCUCUUAGAUGAUGACAGUGGUUUUCAGACCAUCCCCGUUGACCUCACCAGCUUCCCUGCCCAGGUGGACCUCCCCAGAAGCAAUGGGGACAUGGAUGAGAAUGACCUCACGCAGGCAUCCAAAGGGCUGAGUGACUUGGAAAUUGGGAUGUACGCUCUGUUGGGUGUCUUCUGCCUGGCCAUUUUGGUCUUCCUAAUAAACUGUGUGACCUUUGCAUUGAAGUACAGGCACAAACAGGUUCCCUUUGAAGAGCAGGAAGGGUUGAGUCACUCCCAUGACUGGGUUGGGUUGAGCCACCGGACAGAACUGUUGGAAAAUCACAUUAACUUCGCAUCCUCCCGAGAUGAGCAGAUCACUGCCAUUGACAGGGGCAUGGAUUUCGAAGAGAGUAAGUAUCUCCUCAGCACAAACUCCCAAAAGAGCAUCAAUGGGCCGCUGUUCAAAUCUUCAGGACCCAUAGUCUCUGAUGAGAAUGAUCAGAAAAAUGAGCCCCCAUCGUCCCCCACCUCAAAAAGGAAAAGAGUGAAAUUUACCACCUUUGCCACCAUCUCCACAGAUGAUGAGUGCCCCACCGUGAACUCCACGGGGACAAGUGGUGAGGCUAACAUGAACUGGGUCUGCCAGGAUCUGGACCCUGGAGAGUGCAAGGAGCUCCAUGACUACAUGGAAAGGUUACACGAAGACGUGUAAGCCGGACACUCGCCAAUAUUGGUCUCACUCACCUUUCAGCCUUUAAUUUGAGGAUGUGUGACAAUGGUGCCCCUGGGGGAGACAUGAAAUGACAGGACAAGAUGAGGGUGACCCUGGCAACAGAGGCCUAGGAAACGAUCCUGGUGCAGCUGAGGAGGCCCCGAGUCAGAAGCAAUGCACACAUUCCAGUGUACAAUGUCCUGGUCCGUAUUAAGAGGUUUAUCAUGCAUAGCAAGAUUUUUAAAACUUGGAAGAAAA